AUGGUUAUGGUAUGGGCCACCAUGGGCCUGUCCUCCGUGCUGAUCUCCAACAUCGCGACGAUGCUUAUCGCGAUAAAGCUGUACCGCGACUGGGACUUCCGAGUGUCAAGCGUUCGAUGGCUGUUCCUGACUUUUUUCGUCUACCUUUGGCUGUACACCCUUGGACGCGCGAGUUACUACCUUUGGGUGGUUAUGCUACCGAUCAAGGAGUUCGUCGACGGCAACAACCACGUCCCGUACACGAGCAAGCAGUUGAACCAGCUAGGAAUUUACGCUACGACGGACCUCGCGGCUUCAAGACGACUUUUUCCCUCAAUUAUCCUCUGCUUCUGCGACGUCAUGCACUUUGCGAUGGCCUUUUGGGUUCUUCCCCUCAUCUACGAGCUAUCAAAAAUCGCGGCCAAGUCGAUGGACCGCGGGACAGCCAAGGAAAAAGCCAAGAUUCGCAUGUACAUCUUCGUGGGCCACUCUCUCAUCGUGUUCUUCUUGAUCGCAGUGAUCGUUUCGAGCGUCCUCAGUGGGGGGUAUUCGAGGUACACGUAUCGACUGGUGCUGUGCAUAUAUGUUAUGCAGAUCGUGACUUUGGUCUACAUGGGGGUGACGCUCUUCCUACUCAAGUGCAAGGGCCGUGACGUGGAGUCGAUCAACGGCGCUUUCAAGGUGUCUCCAGUGUAUCAGCGCUUGAAGGGGAUCAUGCUCGUGUACGCAGUAUUCGCCGUUCAGUACGAGGUUACGUCGCUGUUCACAUACGUGUACACUCCGCGGGACGAAGCAACGCUCAACUACAUCGGAUUGAGCCAAGUGGUCUAUAACGCCACCGGCUUCGCACUCGCGCUGUGUACUGGCUGCAGUCUGCCGUGUACUUUACGUUUCUGCGGCUGCUGUAUCUCCGACGAAAUGCUCGUUCAGCUUGUGGUGGAGACCAACCGAGGAGAGCUGCCGUGCGGUGAAGAGCGAGAGGAAUCCAUCAGCCCUCCAGUGAUGAAUCCAGUGUUUGUCGUGACCGAUAUCGAGUCUUCCAGUGCGUUGUGGGGCAUCGACGAUGGCAAGGUUAUGCAGCGGUCCAUUCAAGUGCACGACGACGUACUGCGGUCCUUGUUGACACCAUACCGAGGAUACGAGAUCACGACCGCAGGAGACUCGUUUCAGUUGGCUUUCCACACGAUUCGAGAGGCCGUGUCGUACUGCUUGGACGUGCAGCUGCAGUUGCUCGCGGCCAAGUGGCCCAAAGAGCUUCACGGCCUUGUGCCUGCGACCAAGAAGCGCCGAGCAGGUCAUCGAGUCAUUUUCCGCGGAUUGCGAGUUCGAAUGGGGAUUCACGACGCCAUGGGCUCCGAUGGACACCUUCACCACAGCCCACACGCUGUCACAGGCAAGACUGUGUACACUGGAGCCUCUGAGGUUAUUGCUAGCGAAGUGAGCGACGUUGGAGCUGGCGGCCAGAUCCUGAUCACGCGACGAAUCGCCGACUGGCUCAUGACCAACAAGGACGCGCUGGCCAUGAACUACUCGGUCGAUUACGUGUGCGACUUCAUGGUUCCGCAGGUGAACAUGCGCGUGGCCGUGUAUGAGGUGCAGCCCGAAGAACUUGCUCGGAGGAAGAAGAUUUUCGCCAAGGACCAGAGGAGCCGCAUCCCGCACGUCGCGACUCGGUCAGUCUCGGGGUCAUCCAACAUGGAGAGUGGGCUGGAGACAGCUCUGGAGACACCCAUGGGCUCACCCACGUCGUGGUUCCACACGCCUCGCACUCCUCAGAGAGUGAGCGGGAGCGCAAAUAGAUAUUACUAUUAG